AUGCCUCUACAAUAUGAUCCCGAGUUCGCAGAGCUUGCAGCACCAGUGCUGCAACUAGUAUCCCAAGCAGAGCGACCUGCCAUCCAUGACAUCGAUACCAGAAGAGCCAAUCUGGAUGCCUUUAGCAGCCAGGCAACAGCAACAGCACAAAUCCCCAACGAUGUCGAGCAGAUUGUGCACUAUGCUCGAACGGCCGAUAAUCACGAUGUUCCUAUGCUUCAUUUCCGGAGAAAGAACACACUACCUUCAGGACCAGGGCCAGCUAUUGUCCACAUGCAUGGCGGAGGGUUCAUUGCCCUAAGCGCAGCAAUCGGCACCCCAUCACUCUCCAGAUUCGUAUCGGAAACAGGCGUGCAAAUCCUGUCAAUCGAUUACCGCCUCGCACCGGAAAACAUCUUCCCAAAACCUCUUGAUGACUGCUGGACCGCGUUGACAUGGAUACACGGCCACGCGCACGAACUCUCGAUCGACAACUCUCGCAUAGCUGUCAUGGGCGAGAGCGCUGGUGGUAGUCUCGCAGCUGGUUUGACUCUACUAGCCAGAGACAGGGGCCUCUCGCCACCUUUGGCAAAGCAAAUCCUGGUGUAUCCCAUGCUCGAUGAUCGGACGAGAACCAACCCGUUUGGGGACCUGGCGUUCUGGUCUGCAGAGGAUAAUGUCACCGGGUGGACGGCGUAUCUUGGGGCGAGUGCAGCAGCAAAGUCAGUGUCGCCCUAUGCUGCUCCUGCGAGAGUUAACUCCGUACAGGGACUGCCGCCGCUGUAUUUGGAUUGUGGGCAGAUUGACGUUUUUGCCCUGGAAGAUGUUAGAUACGUUCUGCGGUUCAUGGAGGCCAAUAUCCCGGCUGAAUUGCAUGUCUACGAGGGACUGCCGCAUGGGUUUGAAGGGUUUGCUCCUACGUCUGGGGCUGUGAAACAGGCUUUUGCAAAUAGGGCUAGGGCCAUUAUUUCAUUUUGA